GGCCGAUGCCUACAGAUGACUGAGAAAGACCGUUCAGUCCGCGAAUUAACAGCGGACGCAACGCACGUUCCCGCAAGUGGACGGAGCCAAAACUUUACUUAAACAGUGGUGUUUCGUGUUGUGUUUUUAUCCAGAUAAGAGGAUUAAUUCUCAAUUGACGCACAGCGAAGAAUGUGUGCGACCAUAAAAUAUUCCACGUGAAUAUUAUUAAUUUGGCGGUAUAUCAACAUUAAAUAUCAACAAAAAUGUCUACAACAGUUGAAAACGGGAUUAAUGGAGUCGAGGAAAAUCGCGGCACGACCUAUUUUUUUUCCAGAAGUAGGUCCAGCGCGUCGCCAUGGCAACGUUUCAGCCUCUUCUUCUCGAUAUACUGGAAGUCUAUGCUGGUGGUGUUGACGCCUGUAUUGCUUUUGCCGAUACCUAUCUUGCAAGAGGGGAGGGCAUUCAGAUGCAUGUACGUGGUGUUAAUAAUGGCGGUGUACUGGGUUUUGGAACUCCUUCCACUGCCGGUCACCUCCAUGCUGCCCAUCGUGCUGUUCCCCACGAUGGGGAUCUUGGACUCGGACAAGACCUGCGCCGCGUACAUGAAGGAGACCAACAUGAUGUUCAUGGGCGGGCUGAUGAUAGCCGCCGGGGUCCAGCACUCGAAGCUGCCGAAGAGGGUCGCCUUGUGGACCGUUCAGGUGGUCGGCUGCUCUCAUAGAAGAUUGAACUUUGGCCUGACCUUUGUGACCAUGUUCAUAUCCAUGUGGGUGUCCAACGCGGCCGCGACCACCAUGAUGGUGCCCAUUGUGGAGGCCAUUUUGGAAGUUUUGGAACAGCAAGGUCUGGGCGAUGUGUACACUAACAGAAAGAAGAAUCCGGAGAACGGGAAGGAAGAAAAGAAAGGAAGCGAGGAAGAGGCUCCAAUGCCAAGCGACAUAACAAUAUGCUACUACCUGAGCAUAGCCUUCGCUUCCACCCUGGGCGGGUGCGGAACCCUUGUCGGCACCGCUACCAACUCCGCUUUCAAAGGAAUCUUUGACUCAGAAUUCCCCGAGUACGCCCAAACCGUGAACUUCUUCUGGUUCAUGAUGUACAGCAUGCCACCCAUGCUGCUCAUGCAACUCCUUGUCUGGGUGGCUCUGCAGGUCACCUUUAUGGGCAUGUUCAGGCCCAACAGUGAAGCCGCAAGGAAAGUGAACCUGGCAACAUCAGGGUCAAGGAACACUUUGAAGGUCAUCAAGGAACAGUACAGGAAUCUAGGGCCCGUAACAUUCCAUGAAAAGUCGUCCGGUCUGCUGUUCAUCCUGGCUGUGUUCCUGUACAUUUUCAGGAAGCCUGGCUUCAUACCCGGGUGGGCUGACGUCAUGACCACAAUGAAGGUCAAAGACGGCGUCACAUCCAUGUUCAUCGUGGUGCUGAUGUUCAUCAUUCCAAUGUCAAUGGAUUUUGUCAAAUUCUUCUCGGCGUCAGCUUCUUAUGAAGAGCUUGUUGCAACCAAACCGUCUCCCGGCAUCGUCACUUGGGGUAUCCUGAAGGACAAAGUGCCGUGGGGACUUCUGUUCUUACUUGGCGGGGGCUUCGCCCUGGCCGAAGGCAGCAAGACCACGGGACUCUCGGACAAGAUCGGCCAGUCUCUCAACGGCCUCCAGGGUCUCCCCCACUGGCUGGUGCUGCUCGUGGUGGUGCUGGUGACGCAGUUCAUCACCGAGUUCACAUCUAAUGUGGCUAUUGCUAACCUCAUAUUGCCUGUGCUGGCUAAUAUGUCACGCCGUUUAGAAAUCGACCCGCGCUACCUGAUGAUCCCCGCCACGCUGGCCUGCUCCAUGGCCUUCCACAUGCCGGUGGGAACUCCACCCAACGCCAUUGUCGCGGGAGUCGCCAGCAUACCCACUUCUAAGAUGGCUGUCGGUGGCAUCGGGCCAAAACUGAUCACGACCCUUAUCGUAUGGGGCGCGUACCCCACAUGGGGUUCGUACAUUUUCCCUCCACUGGAAGACGUCAGCACUUCAGCCGUGGCAGCUGUAGCCAAAAACAUUACCAUGAAUUGUGAUAUAACAGCCGAUUUGGUUAACACAGUUUCCAAUUUCAACUGUUCCUUACCAGCGAACCUGGUGAACGCCACAGUUAAUAGUAUAGUAAGUUGUACACGGACUGUUUUUUAGGUUUAAUCUAGGUUAUUGUUGCGUUGGACCUGCCUGACGCCGUUACUGUGCUGCGUUUGCAUGGACUUAGUGAGCGUGGUAAGUUGAUGAGGUUUUAGUCGAUCCGUCCGUGAAUCUGAGUGAUUUAACUGAUAGUAAUUGCGUAUAUAUGUAUAUGUAUACUCAUAUAAUCUAACGAGUUAAUUAUGAUUUGUUAAAAAUUGGUAAUUAUGUUAGACUGAAAAUAUUUGAAGCGGCGUUAAAAACACACUUACUUACUUACUUGUUUUUAACUAAGACAUUUAGUGUUGUAUUUAACGAUGCUUUAAAUACGUAUGUAGGGUUUUGUAAAUAUGAACUUAUUAUUGUGUGCCAUAAAAUUCGAGUCACAAAGAUGUAAUCUAUCUCCGCUCCCAACAAUGCAUAUUAAUAUAGAUUAAGAUUUCAAUUACUACCAGCGUUGGAGGACAAAAUAUUGAAUUUGUAAAGUAUAAAAACAUUAUUUGCACUUAGUGACAUUAAUUUGCUUGAUAUAAUAUAAUGAAAGUAAAAUUUGCUAAAAAUUUGGGUUAAAAAAGUCAACUAAGCCAGCUAAUAAGUUUGUGUAAACGCAGCAUAAGUUUAGCGUGGUUAUUUUUAGGUAAUUUGUGGUCGUAUUUCAAUACAAAUAUUAAUGGGGUUUCUGAUAUGAAAUUAUUGUUAAUUAAUAAAAAAAAUAUUAUAAAAUAACGACAAAGAUGUGUUCAUCACACUUCAAUAGGUGUCUGCAUUUUCAAUAACAUGAAUAUCCGUCCGUACUCAAAAGAAAACUAAUUAAUUUCUUCUCAAAAAAGUUGAGUUCAAUCAAUCAAGUUGUGUUACAAUAAUAACCGUCAACCGUAGGUCCAACUAACUAGUUAUUUAACCUGUAUUUAUUUAAAUGUAGCUGUACACAUAAGAUUGGAUUUGAAGUCGUCCCAUUGAUAACUAAGCUCAGUCAUAACUCGUUUAUUUACAUUUUAUUCAACGAGUCAAUUCUCUCGUGAUUUUUCUGUAGGAGUGAAUUUGAAAAAAGUACGUAAGUUUAUCAAAAGAAGUAUAAAGAGGAGAUAUUGUCUGCUCAUUCGUCAAAUUGUGGUGACUGGAAUAUUAAGUUAUGAGCAAAAGAUGCGGUACCUAUACAUACAUAUAAUUUUAAUGGCAUAAUUUGAGUUUUGCAUAAUUAAUUUUGAUUCGGAUACGAUUUGCAUGUGAAAAUGAAAAUUAUGCAAAAUGAUGAUUAUGCCAAAAAAUUAUAUGCAGUUUUUAAAUAAUGUCAUUGAAAUUUAUGUGAUCUACCAUGAACCCUGUUAUUAUUAAUCAAUAAUAUUUAUUUGUUAAAAUUGGUAAAAGGUAUGUUGUAUUUUUAUUAAAUAAACUGCUCUGUCUCUUGUCUACAGACAUACAAAUCGCUCACUUAAUUUUCUUUACUUUAUUUAACUCGUUUUUGGCUCAAAGUUUAGCUUUUAGGUUAAGAAUUCGCAUGACUGGGACAAGUUAAAAAUGGAACGGCUUGCGACAAAUCGUUAAGAUUGUAUCAAGUAUAAAAUAUGAAUAAACUGAACGAUGUUGCGACGCGAUGCGACCAAUUCCAUUUGUAUGGAAAUGUAUUACGCACGUCGCGUUUUAGGUCGCAAACGUAUCCAAUAUAUUGAACAUACAUUUAAGCGCGAAUAACCGUCGUAGGAUCUUAUAUUUAAAUGUAUUUGAUAUCUGUCAAGCAUUUAAGUUUAUUUUACAUAUAUAUAUUUUCUUCGUGUUCAAUGGUACACUUUUAUUUAUAAUUUCACCUGCCUUAAGCAUUUUUACUGACAGAUUUAGAAUUUAUGGUUUUUUUUUUAUGAAAUGUAAUGUUUUUAUGUUAUUUAACUAAGUUUAAUUAUAUAUUUUUUAUUUUUCAAACCGAUGGCUCCUGAGAUGAGGGGAAUUGCGUUAUAAUUAAUGAAAAAAUAAUACCAAAGCCUUGUGUCAAGUGCCUGAUAUAUUGUUUUAUACCGGCAGUUUUUUUUAAGUCAAAAUGGCUACAAUAUAUGGGGCUAUAUGAUAUUAGACCAAUAUUUCGCCGUCAAAUGCGUAGAUUAGAAAAAUGAUCUGGUAGUUUUUUUAGAAUAAAAUAUUAAUAAAAAAAAUGUUCAUAAUAAAAAAAUUACUAACUACUUUUAAAAAAUUAAACACGUUUAUCUAUUAUAAAAGCUAUUGAAUUAUAUUAUUUAAAACAUAUACAAAAAUUAAAAAUUGCCAGAAAGAGAUAAAAGUAGUAGAUGUUCUUAAAAUUAUACUCAAAUUUGAACAUACAGCUCCAUCUGAUAUUUUUAGAAAGCAAUUUAUUGAUAUUAAAAUAAAAUUAAAAAAUAUUUUUGUAUAUUAUAUUAUUAACAAUGUCCACAUACAGCAUAUACGUAUGAAUAAAACUUUAAAGAUAGUUUAGCGACGAAAUUGAGUACUACGCUAAAUGUAUAGUUUAUUUAUAUUAAUAUCGGUGUAAAUUACAUACAUACAGGUUGUCUUUUUAUUUGUAAAGAAUUUUUAAUAAAAAUAUGAUAAUCAUAAUUAACUUUGAAUGUUAAAUUAAACAGGUAUUUUUUUAAAUUAGAAUUUGUGUUUUAUCUUUUGUAUUAAGAAAAUAUUGAAAUGUAGCAUGUGUUAAUAAAUAGAAAGUCAACCUGUAGCUGUAUAUUAUGUAAAUAAUAGGAAAAUGCGGGUGAGGAAAUAAUUUUAUACUCUAUUUUGAGAAUAUAUGUUUUUAUAAGUAUUUAGCUAUAUACAUAGUUUAAAAAUAGAGAAGUGUUUUUUUUUUAUAAAACAAUAAGGCGAUUAAAGUGAUUCUUGGUAGAAUAUUAAAUAAUUAUUUGGUCCACCUUGAAUUUGUCCAUAUUGAUAUAAUUAGUUUGAAAUAGUCAUUGAAAUAGUCUUGUUUUUAUAACUGCCAAGUCGAAAUAUUUUUUUUUUAAUUUACAAAAUUGAAACGUAUUGACUAAACGUUUCAAUUUUGUAAAUUAAAAAAAAACAUUAAAAUUUCAAAUACAAUAUACCGACAGAAAAUUGGUUUUAUAAAUAUAAAUGGAACAAAUAAACAUAUUUGUUUUGGCAGAAAAAUACACUUUAUCAAGAAUUAUUAUAUUUACCUUAACAAAUGCCCCAAUAAUAAUAUGUUCCUAGAAAUAAUAUUAUAAUCCAUUUAUUAUAAUUAUAUUCAUUGGAUCUGAUGACGAAUAUAAAAGGAUUUUGGGUCCAUAGUGGGUCCUAUGGUCCAUUAAUGGCAUUAUUAUCGUUCCGCAUAAAAGUUUUUUUCGCAUAAUUAUCUACAUGAAAAUUUAUGCGAUUUGCAAAAAAAAACUUUAUGCGAAACAUUGAUUAUGCAAUCAAAAAUAGGAUCCAAUAUGGAGCAUCCAUAGUUAUUUAUAUGAUGAUUUUUUGUGAGUGCAAUUGAUUUCUCGUGAGUAUAAAUCUUCAUAACAGGAUGGACUUUACAUCAUUUUAGUAUGUAUAUUUAUAUAAUACUUUAAGCAUGAGGUUCUUUUUUUGUGCCAUACAAAUUGUAAUUAAUAUACCCUCUGAAAUGAUUUGUACUAACAAGAAAAACCAAAAUUUUAUCUCCUACGAUAAGGUCUCAUUUUUAA